GGUCUGCGCAAAGAUAUAAGAGCAAGGCAUAAUGAUCGUCACGCAUGUAGUCGAGGAUACUUACGAUGUAAAGUGGCAGUGGCCGCUUGUCAUAUUCGAAACUAAAUCAGGUACUUAUUCAUGAAUGAUCGGAAUUAUUGUCUCCUUCUCCUUCAUGAACUCUAAUGCUGCACCGUAGUUGGCGAUAAUCAAUAUUCAUAUCGUCACGGAACGCUCUCAAGGGCAUUUCAACGCUCUAGUACCUAGUGCAUGGCACUCUCGUCUCGACGGCGAGUUUCCUAUGUGAUUCCGCCUUCAACUGAACCACCGCCUCGCCUACAGCUUCCCCCUCAUGGUGUUCCUCGACAUGGUUCCAUAAGUCCGCUGCUUAUUCGAUCGACUAAUGGUCUCCAGGAUGAGGAUACUCCCAAAUGGGCUCAACAUCCUCGACACCGUUUGGGCGUAGCAUGUCUUGCACUCGACACCUCCACGCAACUCGUUGGACGUAGUAGCCCAGAGGGGAUCCUUUACAGUGGUGCGAGGGAUGGGCUGGUAUGUUCUUGGGAUUUGGGAAUAACUAUGAAGCAACGUGAACAUAGAUAUGGUGCACCCGCCCGAAGUAUGCGUACAGGUGCGGGACGAUGGGAAAUAAUGACGGGCUGGACAGACGAUAUCAUUGAGGAAGACCCUGAGGAGGCCGAAGAAUACCGGAGUACUGGAGAUAUUCUUGGAGAAGUAAGGGGCAGCGGUGCCAGGGAGCGGUGGCGACGAAACUCAGUUCGCGAGCAGCCCGUUCCGUAUGAGCAACAAUGGGAGACCGACAUGGAAAUGUACCAGGAGGGCAAGAUAUCCCAAUUUCGCCAAUGUGCACAAAUCCAUUCAGACUGGAUAAACGACGUCCUUCUGUGCAAUCUCAACCAGACUGUGGUCACCGCUUCUUCAGAUGGCACAGUGAAGGCCUGGAGUCCACAUUCAUUCAGCGAGCCAUCUGUAAUAGGGACCCAUGCCGACUAUGUUCGAUGUCUUGCUAGUAGUCGUGAACAGAACUGGGUGGCUUCUGGUUCUUUUGACCGCACUAUCAAGCUCUGGGACCUUGCCGGUUCUCCUACUACUAAGGAUCCUUUGAUCACUCUUCAACCACCAGAAACGUCAGGUCCCAAAGGUUCAAUAUAUGCGCUUGCUACUGAUUCACAUGGGUCGGUCAUUGUUGCAGGCUCGCCAGAACGCGUUGUAAGGAUGUGGGACCCUCGGUCUGGCAAGCGCAUUGGCAAACUAGUUGGACAUACCGAUAACAUACGCGCAAUCCUUAUUUCAGACGAUUCACGAUAUUUACUCACAGGUUCUGCUGACGCAUCAAUCAAACUCUGGUCCCUUUCAUCACAGAGGUGUCUGCACACCUUCACCCAUCACACCGAAUCCGUCUGGUCCCUAUUCUCAUCCCAUCCAUCUCUCGAGGCCUUCUACUCCGGCGACCGAUCUGGUCUUGUUUGCAAAGUGGAUCUCGAAGGUUGCUCGGACAUCUCAGAAGGCGAAUGUAUCGUCUUAUGUCAAGACAACGGUGACAGUAGUCUUUCCUCCCCAGAAGGCGUCAAUAAGAUCGUUGUAAUGGACGACAACCUACUAUGGACUGCUUCUGCUAACUCGAGUAUCAAACGAUGGAAAGUCCCUUGUCGACGAGCGGUACGAAGUGGCUGCAAGGAAGUCGAUAGUCCAACUACUUCUGAAUUUGCCUCUGACUACAUUCCACUCAACCGCUCACCACAACGAGGGUCAAACGAAGUCGCUCGCUCACGUUCCCCUCCUCGUUCUCCUUCCAGUCCUUCGUCUUUCCUCAAGAAAUCCCAUCGCGUAUCCAUCACGCCUUCCCUCUCCGGCUCAAUCCUGUCAGAGAACUCCGCCUAUAAUCAGGACAAGGAAGGCGAAGAGACCUGGUACGGUCUUCCUUUCGAGAGUCUCGUCAAACUCACCUCGCCCAACGAAACCUUCACAACCCUUGGAAUGUCACGAGGACGUGACCCCGAAAUCGCAACCCUCUACUCCGCCGCUUCAGUCAUGUCAGUUCCUCGCAUCAAUCGUCCCCCUCUCCAACCCACCUUCCUCAACACAGGUCGAAGUGUCAGUCCAGCUCCAGGCGAUACUUUACUUUCUAGACCUGUAGAGGAGACCUUACAUCCAAUGAGGACAGCUCGUAUGGAAUACGAAGAACGUGAAGUUGCAGCAGAUGCUGUACCCUUAUACUCCACACCAGACUAUAUCAUUCAUGGCGAUCAUGGGCUUGUCCGUUCUGUCAUCCUCAACGACAGAAUUCACGCCCUCACGGUUGACACUGCUGGGGAAGUGGCAGUUUGGAAUAUUGUUCGAGGGACGUGCUUGGGUAAAUUCAGUAGUGAAGAUGUCGCUGCUGCAAGUUUCUGUGGAAGUACGUCGGGGCGUAGUGGCACUGGGGAGAAAGAGUAUAGUCCACGGGAGGCGCUUGAGGCUGUCAAGGAACGCAUCGAGGGUGAGGCGGUAGUAUUGCCUUGGGCGACGGUGGACACCAAGACCGGAGUGCUAAGUGUUCAUCUGAAUGGGAAGUGCUUCGAAGCGGAGAUUUACGCGGAUGAAGCUGGAUAUGGCCCUGAACGUCAGUUUGCUGACGAUAUGCGACUCAAUGUUGGGAAAUGGGUUUUGAAGAACCUUUUUUCGAGUUUUAUCAAGGAACAACAACGUGCCAUCUCUCGUCGAAACAGGGAUAUCGCAGCUCAAGAAGCUGGUCAUCGUCUCCAGCGGGGUGGCGCACCAACGCAUAUCGACCUUGACCCACACACAUCCAGUAACCGAGGUCGUUCUUCUUCUGAUGCUUCUCGUACCUCUCCCUCAAAUACCCACAGUUCCCCUAGCUCUAGUGCAAGCAGGAGCCCUGUUGUUGUCAUUUCACCAACCUUAAUUCCUGCUGCUUCACCAGUCACGGUUCCAGCAUCUAGGUAUCCUCCGCUCCGAACGCCGCCAUCGAUAGUAACCGGCGGUGGGUAUAAGAGAGAGUCGUUUAUCUUGUCUCCGAUCCCACAGUCCCCGUCUACAAUCAAUGACGCUACGCCUAUGCCAAGACCCGUCCGCCGAUCAUCAACCACUGACGGGAAUAAUCUUCAUUCUGCUAAAGAUGCUGCUACCACCAACGACUAUUUCUCAUUACGUGGUCAACGACCGUCCUCUGGUGGGGAUGCUGGUGCUGGUACGGUGGUCACUCCGGACGACUUUUCUGGAUGGUCGGGACCUGGAGGUUCCAAAACUCCUAAUAAUAAUACCGCAGAGCUACAGACACCUACUGCUGAAAUACCUCAGACGCCUAGCACACCUAGCACUGGUGGGCUGAUGGGCCGGUUAAGGGCUUUCGGGAAGGCUACGAAACGGCAGGCUAGUGAGAUUGGGACGGCAAGUACUUCGACGACUGUCGGGUCAGAGGUCGUCACACCUUCCGAAGGCGAUACUACGACGGUGUUUCCCAAGACUCCUUUGCAAGUCCUACUAUCCCAUCCGCUCACACCGCCAACAUCAACUGACGCGCCUCCCCUUAAUCUUCCCUCUAACACAUCCGUUAUAAUAUCGCAGGAAUCCGUUUCGGGAUGGACACCGCUGUAUCGUGGGUUCGUUAAUGCGACGGGAAGAGAUGUGAAUACGCUGGGGGAGGCCAUGCCGUUUUGGCUUUUGGAGUAUCUGUUGGUGAACAAGGUCCCACCUAUUCCGGUGAUGAAACUCAGUUUCGUGAUGUUGCCGUAUCCGGGGAAAGAGGGCGAGGAGACAUUGCCAGAGCUGCUGAAUACGUCGCAGUCAAAGCUUACAGCGAGUCGGUUCUUACGCGUGCGCAAGCUCACACAUCAUGUCCAGGACAAGCUAGACAGGAUCAUGGGUGGACGGAUCAGCGCAGUGAACACGCCUCGCUCUUCUUUCGAUACACGCUCACCCAGUCGGAACGAUGGCCGACCUCGACCGGAAGAAACGUUCGAGAUCUUAUGUAACGAUGUUGUCUUGCCGUUGGAUAUGACCCUAGCUGCUGUUCGUCAGUUUGUCUGGCGGUCUUCUGGGGAGCUUGUAAUGCAUUAUCGUCGUCGAACAGCCACCGCCGGAACAACUCCAUCUUCGUAAGUUAUUUUAUUCUUGAUCCGAGAUGUGGUUUGUGCCUUUUAGUUAUUCGCGAGUGAGUUUUGUAUGCUCCUUCCGCGUGUAUGAGUAUCGUGCCGUUGUAAUUUUUAAUUAGACUUCUAUUCUCUAUGACUUUCUAUACCGAUUAUGGUUGUAACUUAUGGCGAAGCUGUAUGCAGGCUUGAACGUAAUAUGCAAAUCUGCGUUGAAUCGACGCUUAUUCGUGUGGUCUCUCUUCAUAUUUGUGUUCAGGAGGCCGUAUGGCAUUCGCGCUGAGUACCAGGUUCAAACAGACCAAAGACAAACAGGUGUUACGAAUCCCCUUCAACUUAGGGAUGUUUUUCAUCCAC